CUCCUUAACAGUCUUGCAUAACUACGUGAGAUCUCGUGUUCGUUAUUAUUUUCUGGGUGUGGGAGUAACUGAAGUUUAUCCAAGAUUAAAAUAUGUAUCCAAAACGACAAGAAAUGACACUAUAAAGACUCGAGUGAUCCAGGAGAGAGCUUAGGAUGAGAUCUUUUAUAUGUUUACAUAGGGUCUUGCUGUAGGUAGCCGAAUUUGAGCACAAGUUUGUGCAAACCCAUAUUAGAGCAGCUACAGUUCCGAAUACAACACAGAAAAGAUGUCUUGGAUUGAUUCUGUGGAUGAGAAUUUUUUUUGGUUUAAUACCAUCAUACUUCAAGAACACCAAUCUGAGCUGAAUUACAGUAAUGACGGUUCCUACUAUUCUCCAGUAUUUGAUGGCAUUGAGGAGAGUCUAGAUGAUCUUUUGGGUUCUUCUCUAGGCUACCCACGAAGUCAAAUAAGCUCUCUGAGUACUAAUAUGAAUGAUGUGAGGUAUUCUGCAUCAAGUCUUGAAGCUAUGAAGGCUCCUCCCUACAUCACUGAUGGUGAAUUCACUUUAUCCAAAAGGCUUGCAAUGGAUGGGGUCGACUGUGAAUUGGGUGAAUUCAAUGGAAAGAAGUGUGCAGAGGGUGGGAAUGAUAGGAUGCCAAUUGAAUUUGGUAAACUUGGUGUUGGAGGUGAGGCUAAUUAUGGUGAUUUGCAUGGUGGUAUCCCUGUUCCUCAUAAGAGAGUGGGGAAGACUGCCAAUGGUUUACCAGCUAAGAAUCUCAUGGCAGAGAGGAGGAGAAGGAAGAAGCUCAAUGACCGCCUUUAUAUGCUUCGGUCAGUGGUGCCCAACAUCUCCAAGGUUGGAGGCUUGACCAGUAAAUGUUUGAUCUUUCUAUGGUUUUCUCUUUUUAGCUUGGUCCAUAUAAAAAGUGUGGACAGGGUCUCAAUUUUAGGAGAUGCUGUACGGUACAUGAAGAAGCUUCUGCAGAGUAUCAAUGAAGUGCAUAGUGAGCUCAUGCAACCUUCACAGACUUCUUACAUUGUUGGUUCCUCAAAUUUUCAGUUCUCACAUCCUUCGAGAGAUUACAAUGUCUCAAUGCCUAACGCAGAUAGGCAAGUAGCACAGGUGGAAGUAAGGACAACAAAAGGCAGAGAGGUGAAUAUUCACAUGUCCUGUUCGAGAAAGCGGGGUUUGCUUAUAUCCACAAUCAGGGCUCUAGAUGAACUUGGUCUUGAUGUCAAGCAAGCUGCCAUAAGCUGCUUGAAUGGCUUCAAACUUGAUUGUUUUCAAGCCGAGCAAACUAUGGACAAAGACAUUGCACCUGAGGACAUCAAAGCACUGCUGCAACAUACUUCAUGCUAUCAAACUACAUUGUAACAAAUCCACCAUACAGCAGGUUAAAUCAGUCAGCCCCCACUCUGCUACAUGAGAUUGCCAUCUUCCCUAAUACUUUCAAAUCAGAACCCAAUGAAUAGCUUUUAGUGAGACAGCAAUUUCUUAAAAUGGGGAAUUCAAAUAUAUAGUGAUGAAUAUUUGCAAUAAAUGCCAGAGAUGCUAUUGGGCCUUUGAAUGUAUACAUUAAAAGCAAGCUAGGGUUUACCUCCAAGUUUCUUAGAGAAAGAAGCAUGGUAAGAAUUAGGGUUUCUUAUUGUGUUUAAGUUCAAUGUCACUUCUAUCCAAAUGCAAAUUUCAGUGGUACAAAUACCUGAUGAUGAGUUUUGUGAUCAUUUCAAAGCCACACCCGUGAAUCCUCUUUGUAAAUGGUAAUACUGUGUUCCAUGUCUCUUCUACUAAGCAUCAUGAUAAUACCAGUGCUUGUUGAGCUGUAUUGAUCAUGAGAUCAGAGAAAGGGAAAAAUAUGACAGGAUUUCUGUAUGUACACGUUAUCUUAAUCAAUGCAAUCCUCGAUUGCGUUUGUCUUA